AUGAAGGAGUCCAGCGAGGAAAAGAAGAAUGGUGAUCACGAUCAGUUGUCAGAUGAUGAGGCGAGAACACUAGGUGGGUCAUUGAGGAUGGUUUUGAAACAGGCAGACUGGAAGGACAUGGUGUUAAUGAUGUUGGGGAUAAUAGGAUGUGUUGCAGAUGGGUUAGCCAUGGCUUUGAUCAUGAUAGUUCUUAGCAAGCUAAUGAAUAGCUAUGCAGCCGGUGCUUCCUUUAACUUGGAAGUCAUAAAUAAGCCUCACUGUAUGUAUUUUUCUGCUGACACAACAGUAUGCAUUGGAUUUAAUUACGUUGCUAUUGGAGUGGGUUCAGGCGCAUUUCUUGAAGGAUUCUGUUGGGCUCGAACAGCGGAGAGGCAACUCGCCAGACUAGGUAGGAAAUAUUUAGAAGCUGUUCUUCGGCAAGAUGUUGGCUUUAUUGAUAUAAAUCAUGGGCCAUCCAUGACCUCCCAAGUUAUUAGCAGUAUUUCCAAUGACACACUGACUAUACAAGGAGUUCUUACAGAGAAGAUAGCCAAUUUCAUCACCAAUAUAUCAAUGUUCAUCACAGCUCAAAUGGCUGCUGUAUAUCUUAGUUGGAGACUGGCUAUUGUUGGCAUCCCCACAUUGUCAAUGUUGAUCAUUCCUGCAAUAGUAUAUGGCAACUUUUUAGCAGAGAUUGCAGAGAAGAUGCAGCAAUCUUACGCAAUUGCUGGUGGAAUAGUGGAGCAAACGAUGUCUUCAAUCAGAACUGUUUACUCCUAUGUUGAAGAGGAUCACAUGGUGAAGAGCUAUAAGACUGUACUAGAACCGACAUUGAUGCUUGAUAUCAAACAAGGAUUGAUCAAGGGAAUGGCAAUGGGUAGUAUUGGAGUCACGUUUGCAGUGUGGGCGUUUCAAGGUUGGUAUGGGAGCACCUUGGUCACCAAAAAGGCAGCCAAAGGCGGGGAUGUUUUCACUGCUGAAGUAUGCAUUAUAUAUGGAGGGCUGUAA